AUGAAGACAAAGGGCCCAGUCAAAAUUGUACUGUUUGGUGCUCCCGGGGUAGGGAAGGGUACCUUUGCAGAAAUUCUGUCCAAGAAAGAAAAUCUGAAGCACAUAAACAUGGGAAAUAUACUAAGAGAAGAAAUAAAAAAAAAAACUGCCAUAGGGAAAGAAAUCGACCAUGUAGUAAAGAGUGGAAAUUUGGUGCAAGAUGACUUGAUCAUAAGAAUAAUGAAGGACGAAAUAGCAAAGGUAACAGGAGACAAGAAUAGCUAUUUUAAGGGGUUCAUUUUGGAUGGCUUUCCACGUAACUUAUUUCAGUGUAAAGAGCUGGUCAAAAUUACAAGCAUUGAUCUGUUCAUUAAUAUAUACAUGCCGAGACAUAUCCUCAUUAAGAAAAUUAUGGGGAGGAGAAUUUGUAAUGAGUGCAACAGAAAUUUUAACGUUGUUCAUAUUCGAGACGAGCCGUAUGAUAUGCUUCCUAUUUUGCCACCCCAGGAUUGUGAGACGUGUAAGGGUAACCCAACGCUACAAACGAGGAGUGAUGAUAGUGAGGAAACUGUUACCCACCGACUUAACACAUACGAGUCGACUAACUCCCCUCUUAUUAAUUUUUUUAAAAAUUCGAAUUGUAACCUCGUCGACUUUGAAAUCAAGCGGGGGCUGCAGGACUUUGACGCUUUUCACCGUAUCGUCGCGCAGCACCUUUAG